GAUGGUUCAGCGCCGCCACGAGCCUAUAUAAAUAUAGAGUGUAGACUCAUUUACUAAGGAUCUAUACACUUAUUUUUAGAACAACACUAGGGACUAAGGGAGAUAAUAGAGUUUUAUUAAUCAUAAGUUUUUAACUUCUAUAAUUAGUAUUUUAAAAAGUGUUUCGAUGUAAAACACACUGUGAUUGAUUCCAUUAACAAGAUUUACAUCGCAAAAGAUUGAGCUUCAAAAAAAAAAACAACACUAAGUUAGUUAUUUUGAUCUUCAAUUUCUGAGCAAGUUCCCGGAUGUUAUAGGAAUACAAACUAUAAAAGUGACACAAAUAAAUUUCAAAAUGUCCAGCAACAGAACGUCCAAAGUCCACUUUCUUCCGGUAGUCCUUCUUGUCCUGGUCACGUGCUGCGCCAUGAUGGACCUGGCUUCUGCCCACAAAUAUCGAGUCGGCUAUUUGUUUGGAAAACGAGGAAUCGAAUCACCGAGCACAAGUCUUAUUGAUAUAGUAUCAAAUGACAUGAAAACAAAGCAAGAACUGGAAUCUCUAAUAUUAAAGAAACCAGAACUAUUAUCAGAAUUAAUAACGAUCUUAGACCGCAAUGAUGAUGGAUACAUAACAGCUACAGACUUAAUUAUCUGAUCUAUGAUCGACAUUACAGAGACCAGAGUCAUAAGUGACCUUUUUAAAUAAACAAAUAUUUACUUGAUUAUUUUAUUUACCUAUUUCUAAUUUUACUUUUUUUAAAGAUUUGGUUUCUAUACAGAUAGAUUUAAAACCUUUAGAAAGUGUGGCACUAAAAUGCUUACGUAAUUACAGUAUUAUUAUUACUUAGGAAAAAAAUGAAUUUGUAACAUCAACAAACCAAAAGAAUCACAUUUGUAUUAAGAAGUCUCUUUGUUUAUAUUUGUUUCAUAUUGAUGAUAUUUAUUAUUGGAAUUUUCUUGUUUUUAGUUGUUUUAUAUUUUUGAUCGGUUAAUUAUAAUAAAUAAAUAGCAUUGAACCCCCCC